AUGUCUAGAACCAGAGGUUGGUGGUUGAACAUGUCCAGAACCAGAGGUUGGUGGUUGAACAUGUCUAGAACCAGAGGUUGGUGGUUGAACAUGUCCAGAACCAGAGGUUGGUGGUUGAACAUGUCUAGAACCAGAGGUUGGUGGUUGAACAUGUCUAGAACAAGAGGUUGGUGGUUGAACAUGUCUAGAACCAGAGGUUGGUGGUUGAACAUGUCUAGAACCAGAGGUUGGUGGUUGAAUAUGUCUAGAACCACCGGUCUAGAACCACAGGUAACAAAUGCAAUUCGUAAUUCUCUUAAGGUCAAUCCAUCAGGUCACCCUACAAAUGGACCAAUGGGAAUUCAGAUAUCAGCCACCAAUGUGACACCAUCAACAUCAUUAGGGAAGGCAGCCAUCACCAAUGCAUCAUUUAGAACCAAAAAACUUCCAGAUGAUAUUCCAGUACCAGAAGAUGAAGAAGUGAGUACAAAGCUCCCAUCUAUAGACGAAGACACAGGAAGUGAUGGACAAUCAAAUACUCCCAGCAAUCAUAGCAGUUCCAAACAUAAUUUCAAAAUACCAAAUUUACCAAAUCUACCUAAUUUGCCAAAUUUACCAAAUUUACCCACUCUCCCUCAUUUUGGAAAAGGAGGUAAGAAAGACAAAGGAAGAGGAAAAGAUAGAAAAGACUCGGAUGCUAGUAUGAAAUCUUCACCUGCUCUGAACGGAGAAAAUCCGUCUGAUAAUACCUCACGGCAGCCGUCGAAAAACUCUGAAAAUAUUGAACUUCAACCAAUGGUGAAGAAGAGCACUAGUCUUCACGAUGAUCCAACUGUUGCUGCUUAUAGUUCUGACGAUUCUUCCAGUGUUCACUCAGAAUCAGUUGGCUUUAUGGGACAUUCUAGCAGUACAUCAACAAUUAGAGAAAAGAAAAAUAAUUUAACUAAUAGCUUAACCAACCCCGAGUCCUUAAAUAGUACAGAUAUGUAG